AACCAACAACACCAUCACUAAAGAAAAGCUGCAAAAAAUCAGUUGUUAUUUUUUAUUGCAAGAAUUUUAAAGUGUUAGAAACUGGAAUUGUGCGAUAAGAAAACCUAAUUUCAGAGCAGUAAAAUGUUCAAUGGUUCACCGCAUCCAUAACCACAUCCCCAUUAGCCAGCUCAUCGCCAUCCGGCGAGCACAAAGUUCAAGUUCAGCAUCCGCAGUCGUCCAAUCCGCGCUGCCCUGAGUCAUGUCGUGGAUGGCCUUUGGAGCCCUGGCCUCCGGUUUCGUUCUUCAGCGCCUGCUGGGUGGCGAUCAGCCGGCCAACAAGGUCUUGGAGAUCAAAAGCGAGUCACUGGGAACGCUCCAAGUGCUGGCCCGCGAUGACGCCAUGGUACUCUUUGCACCGCCCUUCAACAGCAACGACAAACGGGCCAAUUAUGAGAUCAUCCUGCAGCGACCCACCUCGGACUCCAAUACCACAUCCUUCAGUCUGUAUCGGUCGCCAGUGCAGCAGGAGGCCGAGGAGCGCUUUAAUGCUUUCCUACAGAGGCUUCCCGUCUUCGUCAGCAUUGUCAAAGAGUACUACAAUGUAAAUGGCCUGCAGAAGGCCUGCGAUGCUCUGGCCGAAAAUCCCUCCUGGACGCUGUCCCACUUGAUUGCCUACUUCAACCUGGUGGAUUACAUCAGCAAUCCCAAGAUGCUGCAGUGCGUGGAUCAAGCGGAUGCUACCACCCUCAUGUCGCCCUUCCAGCUGGCCAUCAAGCAGGGCCACAUCGAGAUGGUGAAGGUCUUGCUGCCCCUUAGCAAGCUGGAGCACUUGGAUAUUAACAGCAAUUCGGUAUUUCACUAUGCCGCCAGCACCACCAAGGAAAUUAUCAAUCUCGUCACGGAUAAAAGCACAGUGAAUCUAAAUCACCUCAACGCGGAUGGGUAUACUCCUCUGCAUGUCGCCUGCCUCGCCGACAAGCCGGAGAACGUAAAGGCCCUACUCCUGGCUGGCGCCAAUGUCAACAUCAAUGCCAGCAACAUCACCAAGCUGCACAAGACAUCCGCACCCACCACGGUCACCACGUUUCUGCGCACCAAUGUCAGCAAACUGUACACACAGGACAUGAAGUAUGGCGGCACUCCUUUGCACUGGUGCUCCUCCCGUGAAACCCUGCACGCCCUCAUCAUGGAGGGCUGUGAUGUCAACCUAACCAACUUUGAGGGACGCACCGCUCUGCACGUGAUGGUGGCCAGGAAUCGAUUCGAGUGCGUGGUCACUCUGCUGGCUCACGAUGCAGAUAUCGAUGUGCUGGACAAGGAGGGAAACUCACCCCUACACAUUGCCAUCGAGAAGAAGCUGGUGCCGAUUGUCCAGUGUCUCGUGGUCUUCGGGUGUGACAUUAAUCUGAAGAACAAGGAUGGCAAGAGCCCUCGUCACAUGGUAGGCAACGAUGCCAGUGGCAACAAGGAGGAUGAAAUACUCUACAUCCUGCACUCGGUGGGGGCCAAACGCUGCAAGGAGACGGGCUCAAAGUGCCCGCCAGGAUGCAAUGCCAAGGGCAACUACAAUGGCAUACCGCCGGAGGCUCCGGAAUCCGUGGAGCAGCGCGAGCAUAUAGAAAACAUGCUGGCCAGCACCAGUCGGCAAGUGAUGGGCAAUUUCCUCGGCGCGGCGGCCAAUGGAUUACUGGAAAAACCACAACAAGCACAAAAACCUGUUGUGGUCGACACUGAAAAGGAACUAAAGGGUCAGAGCAUUAUGGAUGCCCUGCUGGGCAUGUUCACCACCAAAGUAAACGCGGACGAAAUGAAGAAGGACACCUCCUCGGGCAGUUUGGCCAGUGGUUCUGCUACGCCUGCUUCGAUCAGUCCGGAGCAGCUGCCGUCGCCCACCUCACCCAUUGCCGCUGAGAUAGGCGAUAAGCCCUACGGCCGUGGACGACUGCUCUGCCUGGAUGGCGGUGGCAUUCGUGGCCUGGUCCUGGUUCAGAUGCUGCUCGAGAUCGAAAAGCUUUCGCGGACCCCUAUCAUCCACAUGUUCGACUGGAUUGCCGGCACCAGCACGGGAGGAAUCCUGGCCUUGGCUUUGGGCUGCGGCAAGACGAUGAGGCAAUGUAUGGGCCUAUAUUUGCGCAUGAAAGAGCAGUGUUUCGUGGGCUCUAGGCCCUACAACAGUGAGUUCUUCGAGUCCAUUCUGAAGGACAACCUGGGCGAGUUCAAUGUGAUGACGGAUAUCAAGCACCCAAAGAUCAUGGUCACCGGUGUAAUGGCGGACCGCAAGCCGGUGGAUCUACAUUUAUUCCGCAACUAUACGAGUGCCAGUGAUAUUCUGGGCAUUGUGACUUCCAUAAACAACCGUAGAAUUCCGCCUCCACCGCCGCAUGAGCAGUUGGUCUGGCGUGCUGCCCGCGCCACAGGAGCCGCUCCUUCGUAUUUCCGCGCUUUUGGACGCUUUCUGGAUGGCGGUUUGAUAGCCAACAACCCCACCCUGGACGCCAUGACCGAGAUCCACGAGUAUAAUAUGGCUUUGCGCAGUGCUGGACGCGAGGCAGAGGCCAUACCCGUGUCCGUGGUGAUGUCGCUGGGCACAGGCCACAUUCCGGUAACUGAACUGAAGGACAUAGAUGUCUUCCGGCCGGAAAGCAUCUGGGAUACGGCCAAGCUGGCCUACGGCAUCUCCACCAUUGGCAAUCUCCUGGUGGACCAGGCCACCUGCUCCGAUGGAAGAGUGGUGGACAGAGCUCGAGCCUGGUGCAGCACCAUAGGCAUACCCUACUUCAGGUUUAAUCCCCAACUGAGCGAGGACAUCGCCAUGGAUGAAAAGGAUGACCAGAAGCUGAUCAACAUGCUGUGGCACACCAAGGCGUAUAUGCACGCCAAUCGGAACAAGAUCAUCGAGACGAUCAACUUCCUGAAAUAGCAUGCAAGACGGAUUUAGACCGCAUUUGCUGUAGCGAUCUCUUCCUAAAGGGAUCCUUUCGACUCGUGUCUGUGUACUUUAGAUUGGUUUCAGCCCUUUCAUUUUCGUUAAGCACCUUUUCAGCGGUCUAAAUCAGCCCACUAACUGGGACUUCCCCUCCCAAUAACACCGAAAUCCGCCCCACCCUCCAGCCUGAAAAAAGGAAUCUGAGUUUUCUACUCCCCCAAACUGGAAAAUGGCGUUCCCUGUCUGCGUUCUUUGAUUUUCCCACUUCCGAGGCUUUAUCUCCAGGAUUAUACCAAACGAAUUACGCUUUGCAUGUUGUGUUAUUGGAUUUAAGAUCGUACUUUAAUUUCGAAAUUCGUUUAAUUUUUGUAUUUUAAAACCCAUGUAUUUUAUGUAACCCUCCAGUUGAAUUGCGAGUUGAAUCGUAUAAUGUAUAAUGGAUAUGUAACAAACAUUCCGUGCCGCUUUGUUAGAAAAUGAAUAAUGUAAUGUAAUCGAGCACGAAUUUUUGAAUAAAACUUUUUAAGUGUUU